GGGACUCUAAUACAUUCCUUAGCGGGAAUAGUAUCAGAGGGGAUCAUCGAGCAGUUUCUUAGGCCUAAGCCGUUAUCGACCUAACUGGGCGGGCCUUUUUUUGGUGUCAGUCUGUUGCUCAUCUUAUUUCUUUUCAAAAAGAUUGAACGUCUUGUUUGGAUCAUCGGCUAACCUAUGUUCUGCUGUGAUGGCACUCUCACCACCUGGGCUGUCACCGUUGCACGUACAGGAUUCGGCAUUUUCCACGCCAACACCCUCCAGUGGUAAUGCGCCUAAUACUAGUCGCUUCACAUUCGAUCACAUACCCCCCAUAUCAUCUACGGAUUCCUAUCGACUGGCUGCAUCGCCUUCCUAUGUAGGACUGUCGCCCACACCUCGAACUGAAGGUGGUUCUACAUCGGAUCUGCAGAAAUCACCUGGUUCGUUGUCAUCCGAGACCCAGGGCGACGACGAUGACAAGAAGCAAUAUUACUGUACCAUUUGCAAAAAAGACUUUAAACGUCCGGACAUUCUGUCAAGACAUUUACGACGGCAUACUGGUGAAAAGCCUUUUGGAUGUGAUGCGUGUGGACGGUACUUUUCUCGUUCGGACCACUUACGAACACAUCGACGAACACAUACUGACGAAAAGCCUUACCAGUGUACGAUCUGUUCCUAUGCAGCUAGACGUCGGGACGUACUUACAAGACAUAUGAGCACCAGACAUCAAGCCAAAGCUAGCCUCUCGAUUUUCCAGAAACAUCGAGAUAUUCGAAGGUAUUUUUACAUAAUUACUCCUGAAAUAGACGAAGAAUUCCCAUCGCUGAACGAAAUUGAGGACGACGUUAUCGUCGAUGUUUGUGAACUUGACGAAGAGGAUGAAGAUGACGAUGACGACGAAGAUGAUGAUGAAGGUGAAACUACUGCUACUCCUAGCCAAUAA